AUGGUGAUCAGUGCUGGACUGGUAAUCUGGCAUACCGGGCAAAUGCCCGGUGGGCCGACGUCUUUGGGGGCCGAUGGACAGAGCGAUGAUCUGACACAAGAAACAGAGAGCGAGUAUCAUACAGACCACUCUCCUCAUCAUCUCAUCAGUUGGUGGUUCAAGAGAUACCCGGAUCCAACGAUGCUUAAGAAAGAAGUCAAGCCUUACUGGAAUCUUUCAGUCAAGGUUUUACAUGGGAAUAUCAAAAUGAAAUGCGACUACUUUUCUGAAGCUGACUGCUAUGUUAUCUUGAACUUACCCACGGCAUCUGCCCGUACAUAUCGCACCAAGACGAUUGAUAAUAGCAACAAACCUGUAUGGAAUGAAACCUUCCACUUCAGGUUGCAGAGCAAUGUCAAGAAUAUAUUGGAGUUUCAGGUCUAUGACAGUGACCAGUAUAGGGAUGAUCUUAUUGGCACUGUUCUGUUUGACAUUGAUAACCUCACACCAGAAAAGAUUGAGAAAAAAUGUUUCAUUUUAAAUGAUAAGACCAAAGAUGAGCUGUGGAUGGAGUUUGAGAUGACAAAGAGCUCUGAGAUGGCGAGUCCAUGCAUGUCUAAAGGGGUGUUGGUGGUAAGAACCCAUAUUGAGUGUGAUAAAGCUCUAUAUCCCCCUUCUCCAAAUCUUACCCUGGAGGUCCUGAGCACUGCAGAGUUUAGCCACAACCCUGAUCAAACACACCUGAGCAAGCUAAUCAAGGUCUUCGUGAUCACUAGAAAGUCACAGGCAGGUCCUUUUUGUGAGCUGACGGUGGGGGUAGACAAGCUUUUUAAGAACUCUAGAGCGCUACGUAAUAUGGUGUUGAACCUGAAAGGUGCAUAUAAAGAGGAUCAUGACAUCUUACAAGAGGAGGAUCAGAAAUGCUUAAAGCCAUUAUGUUAUUACAUCAAUCGAAACCUGGAAACUGAACUUAAUUUGACCUCUAAAAAUCAAGUUGAUGGUGCAAAUCAAAAGACUCAAGACACUGGGACUUCUAUCCCUUUAAUAGCAGUAUCAUCCAAUUACCACAUGACAAUGUCUUUGCCCCUGGCACAGGAAAAAGUUGAUGUGGAGCUGAAAGCGGACGACCGUGUUAAGGAAGAGCUCGAUGUACGUCUGGAAUUUGAUAUCCCGAAGGAAGAAAAGAAUUUUCUGGUAAAGAGGAGUAAAGUUGUAUCAGAGGCACUUCAGAAAGUUCUGAAUCUCAUCACUACACCUGAACCCAGAAAGGUUCCAGUAAUAGCUGUGGUGUGUUCAGGAGGUGGGACUCGGGCAAUGACGGGCACCUAUGGAGCUCUUAGAGGUUUGCAGGAGCUCCAACUCCUAGAUGCUGUCAGCUACAUCACAGGGCUUUCUGGCUCCACCUGGACUUUAGCUUCUCUUUAUGGCGACCCUAACUGGUCUAAAAGUGACAUCAUUAAGUUUAUACAGUCUUCAAGGAAAGAAAUCUCAAAAAGUAAAUCAAGUUUGUUUUCCCGUGAGCAGCUGUCAUACUACAAAAAGAAGAUGGAGGAAAGAGGAAAAGAAGGGCAUAUUGUCUCUCUUAUUGACAUGUGGGGUCUAGCUAUAGAGUAUCUUAUUCAAGGAAAGAAACCCUUCGGUACACUGACUGAUAUGCAGAAGGCACUGUCAGAAGGCCAGAACCCUUUACCCAUCUUUACAGCUGUUAAUAUGAAGGAUGGCAAUUUAGAAUGUACAGCAGAGGCCGAAUGGUGUGAGUUCACCCCAUAUGAAGUUGGCAUUUCUAAGUAUGGUGGGUUUGUACCUGCUCAGAACUUUGGGAGUGAAUAUUAUCUUGGUCACCUGGUCAAGAAAAUUCCUGAAACCAGAGUAUCGUUUCUAUUGGGAAUAUGGAGCAGUGUUUUCUCUCUGAAUUUGACAAGUAUCUGGCAGCACGCAACUGGCAUCACCCCUUCAUGGACCCAAGGGGCUGAAAAGGAAGCGAGUAACACAAAAACUGAUAAUAAGCCACGAAAACUCAGCACGUCCUUGUUGAGCCCAGUGGCUGACUCAGCUAACAGGGUGAGCAGUUUUAUGAACAGUCGCCCAAUCAUCAGCCAGAUGUCCAACUUCCUGAGGGGUCUGCAGCUACACCGGGAUUACAGCGAGAACUCUGCCUUCGUCGCAUGGAAAGAAAAACACGCAGAUGCCUUUCCUAACACCCUGACUCCAAUGGAUUCCCUGCUUAGCUUAGUGGAUGGAGGAUUUGCCAUAAAUUCAGGAUUCAUCCCUGUGUUAGGCUCUCAAAGACAUGCAGAUGUCAUUCUUUCUCUAAACUACUCCUGGGACCAAGACCAGUUUCAAAUCCUGAAGCAAACUUAUGACUACUGUAUUGAUCGUAAGAUUCCAUUUCCAAAGAUUGAUUACAAAAAGGUGGAGUCAGAGCCGAUACAGGAAGUUUAUGUGUUUGAGGAUCAAGAAAAUCCAGAGGCUCCAAUAGUGAUUCACUUUCCCUUUGUCAACAUCACAUUCAAAGAGUUCAAGGCUCCUGGUGUGAAAAGAGUUUGUGAAAUGGAACUGAAGGAGGGAGAUGUUAAUGUUAACCUCACUGGUGACUCCUCCCCUUACAUCACUCGGAAAAUUACAUACACACCGGAGGACUACGACAAGUUAAUUAACCUCACUUCCUACAACAUCCUAAACAACAAAGAUGUCAUUUUGAAAACGCUGAACCAAGCAGUUAAGAGGAAAUCCAAAUAAAAAGUUCAUGUCCUUCAAUGAAGCUGGCUAGCAAAAUUACAAAAGUCUUUGGAACAGUGAUUUGAAUCUUUUUAGUUUUUGCUCUUAAAUGUCCAUCCAGAAAAGUAAUUUAAUCCCUCACUAUGUCAACAGUGUUUAAAUGUAUUAAAGGGGCCAUGGCAUGAAAAUGUUAGCAUUGCCACUUUGUAUGUGUGAGCAAAAGUUAGGUCAUUGAAAUAUGGCUCUCCUUAUGAUGUCAUAAGGAGAUCUUAUUAUAAUAAUACCACCCCCUAAUCUGCACUAUCCAACCACAACACUGCCAUUAAGUGCAGAGAGAAAGAGAGAGAAAAAAUAAUUGACAGCAUAAUUGAGUUUUAAUCGCAUCAAACCACCAUCAUUGUGAUCAGUGUUUGGACUUCAUCGCUCAUUUGCAUAUUAAAGUGCACACAAACAAUUACACAUUUUUGCUCACCUACAAAGUGGCAAUGCUAACAUUUUUAUGCCAUGGCCCCUUUAAAUGUUUUUUUGCCAUAUGACAGUGUAUGCAUAUAUGAUUUAUUGAUGUUAACACCUGAAUAAAAAUAAGAGCAUUUGUCAAUUUA